GAGCGUGGGGCUGCGUCUCCGGACGCACAUGCGUGCUGUCCUUGCUCGGGAGAUGGAAGGCCGGCGUGUUUCGGGCUGGGUCUGGCGGCAGCGCCUCACUGUCCGCGCAGCGCUGGAGGACGCAGGCUUUGGCACCGAAGCCCGAAAUCAGAACCAACCCAGAGGCCCCCGCCAACGGUCGGGGCCCCUCGGGGACCAGCCCUUCCCGGGGCUGCUGCCAAAGAACCUCAGUCGGGAGGAGUUGGUUGAUGCGCUGCGGGCAGCCGUGGUGGACCGGAAAGGACCUCUAGUGACACUGAACAAGCCACAGGGUCUUCCAGUGACAGGAAAACCAGGAGAGCUGACAUUGCUCUCAGUGCUACCAGAGCUGAGCCAGUCCCUGGGACUUGGGGAGCAGGAGCUCCAGGUUGUCCAGGCAUCUGGGAAGGAGAGCUCUGGGCUUGUACUCCUCUCCAGCUGUCCCCAGACGACUAGUCGCCUCCAGAAGUUCUUCAUUCAUGCACGGAGAGCCCAGAGGCCCACAGCCACCUACUGUGCUGUCACUAAUGGGAUCCCAGCUACUUCUGAGGGGAAGAUCCAGACCGCCCUGAAACUGGAACACAUUGAUGGGGUCAAGCUUGUGAGUCCAGUCAGUUCCAGUGAAGGCCCCAUCCCGAAAGGACAUCCUGGAAGGUGUCAAGAAGACUCUCAGCCACUUUCGUGUGUUGGCUACAGGCUCUGGCUGUGCUCUGGUCCAGCUGCAGCCACUGACAGUGUUCUCCAGUCAGCUGCAGGUGCACAUGGUACUACAGCUCUGCCCUGUGCUUGGGGACCACACAUACUCUGCCCGUGUGGGCACUGUCCUGGGCCAGCGACUUCUGCUGCCAUCGGAGAGCACCCAGCGCAAAACACAGGUCCUGGAUGAAGCCCUCCUCAGACGCCUCCACCUGACCCCCUCCCAGGCUGCCCAGCUGCCCUUGCACCUCCACCUACAUCGGCUCCUCCUCCCAGGCACCAGGGCCAGGGACACCCCCAUUGAGCUCCUGGCACCCCUGCCCCCUUAUUUCUCUAGGACCCUACAGUGCCUUGGGCUCCGCUUUCAAUAGUCCUCCCUUUGUUCCUGACCCCUCACACACACACACACUAGGUAGCGAGAGUGGGAGCUCCGGCCAGGCCCAGGGAGAAUGAGGUCAGUGCUCAACAUGCAGUCAGGUUUAAUCCUGGGCUCUGCAGUCAGACCAACCCAAGAUCACAUCCUGGACAGGCCACUUGCUUGCUGUGUGGCAUUGGGCAAGUAACUUAUCUCUUUGGACUUGUGAUAAUAAAAGUUCAUGUUAUGGUUUUGAGGAUUUGCUAAGAAAGUAAAUGUUUAUUAUGGACCUUG